AUGCCCGACCUUCACAUCGCCUACGAUGACAAGGACUUUGAGCGAUUGAAAUCUAAACUCGAGAACAACCGCCGCAUUCGAUUACCGACAGGUAUGAACCCACUGCUGCCGUCCAGGAUACUUGUCUGGACGGGUCCAGAGCACAAGGAUCAAGGCUGCUCUAUCAAUGCAAGCAUCGAAAUUGAUCUUGUGCCUUCAGGUGCCUGUGGCACGCCCAGAGCGGGUGACUUAAACAAAAGCCUCGUUUCACUGAGCUUGAAGACAGCCAAUGGUAGACAAAUGGUCUUCAAGAGUCUUAAUAUACAAUACCAACUGGCUACGUUACUAUCUUACUGCAAGUCCCGCGAGCUGUCUUGGGAUCCCAGGAAAGACAUCGUGUAUCUCUGUAAGAACGAAACUGUGGAGGUGCAGCGAAUCCGCGCACGACUCAACAUUAAGGAAGUCGAAGAUAUGUUCUUGGGGACCUCGUUCUUUGAUCGACUAGACGUACAGGACCAACGCCUGUGCUACCGAACGUUGCUCGACACGUUACCACCACCCACCAUGGCCAUCGCACCACCAGCUCCACAGCCUCUUCCACUGAUUUACCCGACACAGCGGUCAUCGGAGCAGAUCAACGAUACAAGGGUAUCACGCUCACGAUACUGGGGUUUUAGCGGACAAAGAGGCAGCAGCGACGGCACGGCGGAAGAUGGCAUUGCGCGCGAUGCACGGCCUCCAUCGAUGGGCUACCUCCAGGAUCCGAGACAAUUGACUCAGAUUCAAGGGUUGCAGUGCGUAAAAUCUGCAAAGCCACAGCCUGUCUCUGCAGCAGCAGCAGCUAAGCAAGCGCGCAAGUCUAUGCCAAACCUGAUGGCUCCUCACGCCACAGCGUCGUAUUUGGAUAUUAGGUCCACUUCUCAGCAGCAGGAGCGGCAGCAGCAUCACAGCUCGCACCCUGUAGAAUACACGUCCAGCCAAUUGUACUCCAAAGCAUCGAGCGGAAGCUCUCAACGUGAGUAUGGUGAUUUCCAGCCUGCUCACAUGAGAGCGACAAUGACCGGACGUACGGACUCGACGAAAACAAAUUCGACGGGAACAUCAGUCCAGGGAAUACAGUCUCAGACAGGUAGCCUCCACGCUGGAAGUCCCGAAGGAGAGGCGGUGCUGCGUCAGCAGUAUUUCGAAGAGAGAAGUACGCCGAUACGUGAAAGGCUUCAUCUGGUGGUCCCCGAGGGUGUGCAUGACGCUCCUGAGCACCUGCAAAGAUCCACACAGCCGCAAUCUCGGCACUACAGGCACUCGUCUGCUCCACCACCUCAAAUAGAGCCAGCCUUUGUCUUCGAACUCGACGCGACGGCACCAACAAACCAUGCAUGCGUCGCGGAGCUUCCAGCUUCCUGCAUUGAGCCGUCGCCCGCAGAGCAACGCAACACACGACACGAGCAUGUGGAACGCCCCGCUGCUGUCAAGCCAUUGAAACCUCGCACAACAUUUCCUCCCACGAAAGCUGGAUCGCUGCCAGCCAGUCUUGUAGCCGGGGGAGUGACUACACACGGUCACCGUCAGUCCCUCAGUCCAAGCGCGCACCUGGACGACUCGACACCCGGCUUCUCCACACGCCAAACAAAUGCAUACAGGUACUCAUCCUACGCCCUGCCACAGGCAAUGAGCUCCAGGAACCUGCAGAUCGUAUCAGAAGAAGCCACCGGGGCAGUGUACAAAGCCUACCGUCCGGUCGUAGCAACACAUGAGCUUAUCAGAAACGACUCUGUGAGCUCCGUGUAUAGUCCGGGGCACCAGCGGAGCAUAUCGCAUAAUUCUGCAGCAUCGCACGAGUCGGAUAGGCUGGCGACGGAGUACCGAGAGCUGCUGAACUUUGAGGACGGCUACGAGAGCUGCUAA